GGUGAAAGAAGACAUAGACAUCAAUUACAAGUGACAGAAAUCCUGGACCAGUUUCAGUGCGAUAGAGGUGGACUUCAGACUGUUUACUUUUUGUAUCCUCAUUCCAGGCCUCAAGUCUGUUUGCACCCCGGCUAGCAGUUGGCAGGGCAGGGCAGGGCAAGAGUAGCCUUAGUCAGGUAGGUAGUUUAGCGGGCAAGCCCAUGUCCAGCCAGGUACGGGCAGGUACCAGUACAGUGCUCUAAACUCCCGUCCGUAGGUACCUACCUAGGGACAGCACCUUCCAAGGCCUUUCCUUCCCGCUCACCUCCUCGCACAUCGCACAUCACAUAUCACACAACCCUCCUUCUUCGACUCCUCCUCCUUCUUCCUUCCUCACCCCCCGUUUGUGCCCCAUUCCCCAUAAUCGCGCCGCUCGUCUCGUCUGCUUCUCCAGGCCCAGUCAAAAAAUCUUCCUUUUUUUUUGUACUUCUUCAAUGAGGCCUGUAUAUUGAUCAUAUCUUUGUUUGUGCCCUCCUGCCCUCCGCCCGAAAUAGUCUCCUUAUUACAUUCCCUUGUCUUUUUUUGCGCCCUCUCUCAAGCCGCGGGCUCGGACGACGCUGGACGACCUUUGUCCAAAUCCACAUCCACACCUAAAUCCACCUCAAUUGCAUCUUCGUCCGAGCAGCAGUUUGCUUUGCUUGCCCUAGUCCCCUCGGUCUCUUCAGCUAUAGAAUAACGACCCUGCUCUCGGCUCAGGCAGGCCUUCUCCCAUUCGCACGAGCAUCCUUUGUAAUACCGGCGGUUCCUGGAUUUUCUCUUGUUCGCAUCGCGCUCCUUAAAUCCAGCCCCCCGUUUCUGUCGAAUACGCUCGAACCUCCACCGACGCUUCCACGUUGUCAUCUCCCUCGUCCAUCGUUCCGAGGUCGUCGAAAACACAGCUACUAGACUGUUCUCGCCCAGCGACUUUCUACUUUAGGGGUUGUCUUUUUUGCCGUUAGAAACGUCUAAACGUUGAUUCCUUGGGCGAUUCAUCAAUUAUCGCCGCUGAGAAAUAAUAAUCAACUAUCCGGCCCGACACUUGCUUGUGUCACCGUCUCAUGAGGUCGGCUAGAUAAUCGAUAAUGUCAACUUCUAGAUCCGAACAUUUGGCUCUCGGCUACGCCUCUCAGUCUGGCAGCCAACCUCGUUCUGGUUCCCCAUCCGCCAGCAAUUCCCCUAUCGAUCCCCUUCCGCCUUCUCGUUCUCCAUUCGGCUUGUCUGGUGGUCUCAACCCUUCAAGUAAGAUGGCGGGCAACUCGCGAUCUGGGGCUGGUUCUCCGUCGCACGAACUCCCUGGUUCAAGCCGUCUAUUCUCCAAGAGAGCCCGCGAGAUCCAGGCCCAAGAAGGAGUACCUGGUAUGCCGGGAAGCCUUUGGGGCGGCCCCCCUACGAGCGGCAAUUCCACGCCACUACGUGAGAAUAUUCCCGAGUCCCCAACCGAUGGUUUCCCGGACUUUGCCCAGCUUCCUACGCCGGAUUCAAUGCCUCAGACAAGGCGCGCUCGAGCCGGAACGGUGCCAUCUCGAUUCUCUCCUGGAGGUGCAGGUAACGGCAUGAUCGGUGUUCCUGGCCUAGCUGCCAAGACAAACAGGCCCACGCCAACUCAGAGCCCUUUCAAGUCGCCCUCUCCCAAUCCUGAUGGACAGGAGAAUAGUUCCAGUAGCUCAACCUUGCUCUCUCGACUCCGUGCCGGUUCCAUGCCUCAGAGGAGUCAGUUUGCACCAAUUCCUGGAACUAGCUCGCCAUUCGGUCCCUCUAUCUUCAGCAGCUGGAAUCCUACAGGUGUGGGACGCGAGCGAGCGUCCACUUUGGCUAGCAUUGCCAGUGUCGGCUCUAACGGCCCUAGCUCGCCAGCUCAAUCUCAAUUCUCAAAAGAAGGAGGUGGGGAGUCCGAUGUUCAUAUGAGAACCUUGGACUAUCUCGGCCUUGCAGAGACCCCACAGCCUCCCCGAGCACAGCUCGCUACUCCUUACCUGGCCAAUCUCGACUUCACGAAGCAAGCAAGCCGUUUCCGAUCUUACUCGGUCAAUAACAAGGACAAAUAUGCCGAUGACGAAGACGAUUACGACACUGAGAUGCCCCUCGACCCCCAGUAUGUGGCAGCUCUGCAAGAUCAGCUGGCCGCUACCAACGCUGCGAUUCAUAACCACAAUCUCGCUGUUCAGGCUUUUGCCAACCAGGCCAAUCGCCCUCGUGCCCGUACCGCUGGCGUCUUGGACACUCCUGGAAGUCGACUUAUGAGAACAUACAUGUCCGGCAACUCCAACCUGUCUAACCCUGUGGCCCCUGCUGAGAUUCGACUCCAAGACGAGAAGGAUUAUGAGGAUCUUCCUCAAGCCGUUGCUGGGAUCAACCUCGGCAGAUCCAACAGCCGUAACGCUGGUCUCCUCAGUGCCGACGAGCAAGGUCUUGAGGGUCCUACCAGCGCACUCUGGCUCGGUAGCAUUCCCACUUCCACGACCACUUCCACAUUGAUUGAGAUGUUCAAGUCUCACGGUCCUAUCUUGUCAGCUCGUGUCCUCACUCACAAGAAUUGCGGGUUCGUUAAUUUUGAGAGGGUGGAAAGCGCCAUCUCUGCCAAGGCAAGCAUGAAUAGCAAGGAAAUCUUUCCCGGUGCUGGUCCCAUACGUAUCAACUUCGCCAAGCCUCCAUCUGCUUCCAACACUCCCGGUCACGACGGAGUCUUCCCCUCCCCUAGCCCGGACCCAUUUGCGAAGGGACAAGAUAACGUCCAGGGAACGAACGCCAGUACCCCUGCGGGCGAUACUACCCCCGCCAUUCCCGCCACAAACGCAACCCCUAAGGCUCCUGCUCUCCGUGAUAUGACCACUGAUAUUCUCGAUAUUGUCAAACAAUUUGGCGCGUCCGAAGAGGAUAGAUUCAGAAUCUCUCGUAACCUGCAGUCGGCCAUUCAGUUCAACUCGUUUGUUGAGGAAAUCCCGCCUAUCCGCGAGCCUGCUCACACUCGUGUUCACGAUGCACCCAAGCUUCGGGAUAUCCGCAAGCGAAUUGAUAACCAGAGCUUGUCUCAGGCUGAAAUUGAGAAUAUCGCUGUGGACAUGCUUCCGGAGAUUGCCGAACUCUCGUCCGACUAUCUUGGUAACACCGUGGUACAGAAGCUUUUUGAGCACUGUUCCGAUCAACUCCGCGAUGCCAUGCUGUCCGAGAUUGCGCCUCACAUGGCUGAGAUUGGGGUGCACAAAAACGGUACUUGGGCGGCCCAGAAGAUCAUUGAUGUCUGCAAAACCCCUGCACAGAUGUCUUUGAUUGUUGAACACAUCCGCCCCUACACUAUUCCUCUUUUCCUGGACCAAUACGGCAACUAUGUUCUCCAAGGCUGUCUCAAGUUUGGUGCUCCCUACAAUGAUUUCAUCUUUGAGACUAUGCUUGCCCGCAUGUGGGAGAUUUCACAGGGCCGAUACGGUGCUCGUGCCAUGAGAGCAUGCCUCGAGAGCCACCACUCCACCAAGGACCAACAACGAAUGCUCGCUGCUGCCAUUGCCCUGAACAGCGUGCAGUUGGCAACCAACGCUAAUGGUGCACUACUCUUAACCUGGUUCCUUGACACUUGCACUUUUCCCCAACGUCGCACAGUUCUCUCGCCCCAGCUAGUGCCUUAUCUGGUUCAUCUCUGCACCCACAAGGUUGCCUAUCUCACAGUGCUCAAGGUCAUCAACCAGAAGGCAGAGGCGGAUGCACGCGAUGCCAUCCUUCAAGCUUUAUUCUUCACGCCUAAUGACCAAGUACUUGAAGCCAUCCUUAAGGACCACCAAUGCGGUGCUACACUGAUCUUCAAGGUCCUUACCACGCCCUUCUUCGACGAGUCUAUCCGCAACCAGGUUGUUGAAAAUGUCAAGAAUGUUCUUCUGCGAAUCAAAGCCCAGCCCAACCAAGGUUACAAGCGCCUGAUGGACGAGGUUGGCCUGUCGACUCGCAGCACCGGUAGCAACCGUGAUGCUAGUACACAUGCUGAGCACCGCCAACGUCCAUCCUCGCGACAGGCAAACUCGAAUGGCCAUCAUCCCAACUCUGCUCACUCUAAUAAGCCUUUCUAUAACCCCAUGAACCAAUCAACUAACCCUCCCGGGUUUGAUAUGCCCUAUGGCGGCCAGAGAAACGAGCCUGCUGAUGGCGGCGUUUCCGCAUUCCCUCAGUUCAACCAGAGCAUGAUGUAUAACGCACCCGGAGGCCCAAUGCCUGCCAACUUGCAACAAAUGCAGUACCAGCAGAUGAUGAACCGAGGGCCGCCCCCCAUGAAUUUCAACUACCCUACUAUGCAGGCUGGCUAUGGUGGCUUCAAUGGUCCCAACCCGCCUGUUGACCAGUACCGCCAACAGAACAUUCCGAAUGGAAGUCCUAUCCAGCCGCCUGUUUCACAGAUGCCCCAGAUGCCCGCUGGCCAGACUCCAUUUGCACCCCCAGGAUUUGGCAUGGGAAUGGGCAACUAUGGUUAUGGUAACAUGGGAAGUAUGCCCAACAUGGGAUACAUGCAGCAACAGGAGCAGGGUAACCCUCGACGAGGCCGCGUAAGACAACCUCAGUCACGCAAUGGGCAACAAAGAAGAGGGGGCUAAUCAACUAUUUUCAGAGAUGAUCAAGUAAACCGCAGUUCGCGCACCGCGUCGGGUGGCCCACACCAUAUUCGAUGGGCCUUUGGGGUUAGUUCUCGUUUUUCAAAAUCAUUUCUAGCAUGCAGCCAUUGGGGAGCUGGAGCGGCGUUUUAGGAAUGGCUACGGAUGCGCAUUCCAAAGACGACCGUGUUUGUCAUAGUGACUCGGCUAAGGCUGACGUUUUUCGCCCGUUACUUGGAUGUCUUGUCCUCUUGUUUCGAUACCUACCUCCCUUCUACUUCUCGCGGAGCUCGUCUCAGGCCGGUCUUGAAAGUUUUGCAACAAGAGAUAGAGGAGAGGCAGGGUUACUUCUACGACUGAACGAAUCUGGAAAACCUGAAAAACUCUAAAACAGAAUAAAACACUACGAUUCUUGUUCAAAACGGCAGUUGGGUAUAGGUCUGUUGUCACUGUGGAGCCAUUGGUGGCUCCGUCUGUGAUGAGUCCUUUUUAUAGGUCUGGCCCAGCCCGACGUCAGCGUUUGAUGAUAGACACGAUGAUAGGCUUGGGGAUGGACUGUUUGAGGCAUCAAGGACGAUGCCAGGAUUUCAUCUUGCAACCCUUGGGUAGGAGUGGCUAACCUUGCAAGCCAUGCCUCCUAGAGGUUUGUUGUAUAUUAAAACUAAAAGAUUUGCAAGAGCCUCCUGACGUAUCUACGUCUUUGAGCUUUUUACGACUUAGCAAUUGAUGUUUUUAUGGAGUUUCUGUGGUGCACAACUGGGAUCGAAGAUGUCUAGACUUGCGGUACAUCAUGAUAUUGGCAUCGGGUGCACCCUGAAAAUUUAAGCAGACUUCAGGGACAGACUUUUCUGACAUUUUGUACCACAUCACGUUUCGUCGGGGGAUGGCCAGUCUUGAGAUGAUGAAGAAUCAUGUAUCUCGUCUUCUGUCUCAUAUCUCUCUCAUAUUGACAAAUACUUCUAUCGCACCAGCCUCUGAAUCCGUCCCGGGUGGCUGAAUCGAUCAAUGUCGCUUUUUCUCCUCAUCAACUCUCAACUAUGAUACAAACAAAGAGUAGUUAGUGCAGCGCUGGUUCACCUCGAAUCCACCCUGUUGUCUACUAGCUGCUACUAAUGUCAUGUCCACCAUCAACUGGGUAAUCAAGGGUGGUUUCGUGCAUGUUAUAGAAAUUGGAAAGAAAGAAACAAAGGGGGGAUGAGGUAAGGGCACCGAUCAGACGAUGCUUGGGCUUUUUGUGAUGCUCAGAGGCGGGGUGGUUGUGUGUGUGUUUUGGUUGCCUUUGGGUUACGGUCCUCUUCAGACGAGAUGGGAAUAACAAGGCGGAAUUGAUGGAGACAAAGAGCAUCUAGAUCGUCUCUAUAACCAUGGUUCGUGAUUCAAAUAGCGAAGCCCUCCAAACUCCGGCGAUCCAUAAUCAAAAGGGUCGCGCGAAAAGAAGACAGCACUGCAGAUAGUGGUUGCGUAAUGUUACGCUAGGCGCUUGCAUAGAUACAUGCAAAGGUUGAAGAAAUCCGUACAAAGGUCCUGUUUGAUUCCUCCGAUAAUGAAUUAGGAUAGGGAAAAGACUAUGGUAAAUUCGAACAGAGAACCGAUCGUAUCGCAAUUACUCUUUGUGAAUGUCAGGUAGAAACUCAAAAGAGACAGAGAGAGCUGUGGUUGUUCAGUCGAGAUCCAUAGAGCCUUCAGCGUGGUCAAUGGUAGAAGGGGGCGUGGGCUCCGUGACAGGAUGUGCCGUAACCUUGUCGAGUGGCUCAGCAAUGGCUGAGUCUUGGGGGGAAAGGAUGCUCGGUAUGACAUCCUGGUCUUGCAUGGUAGCGGAAAUACCAACAGGCUCCGGCUCGCCAAGCAGGUGUCUAAUGCGAGCCCCCAUGGAAUCCAUCUGAUCCAGAAGGACGCGCAGACUAAGCUUGUCGCUCUCUGUCAAAUGACCAGUAGAUAGAUUACUGGCAUCUGCCUUAGCCAUGAGUGACAAAACACUGGCAUCAGCUGUCUCCUGUUGAUUGAUUGAUCGUCAGUAAGGUGACACGUGUGGUGAGGGAAUUUCGUUGCAACGACUUACCACAAGGGCCGUGAUCAGUUGGUCAACGCCGUCUGACUUGCGCUCUUUGAGACUGGUCAGGGUCAAUGCUAACUGCAUUUCAUCGACAGUCCGCUGUAACUCGGAGCCUGCAAGAGGUCGACUUCGGUCGCUUCCAGUUGUUGGAAUAUACGACACCCAUCUGGACUCAUCAUGGCGAGGGCCAUAGCCAGCAUGUUGACGACGUAGCCUGGACGGAUAUUAGAAAGUUGCAUAUGCGAAAAC